AGGGAGAAAAUAAAGGAGGGAAAGAAGAGAAGCAGGAUCCUUCUGCAUUGUAUGGAUUGCCUAUUGGAACAAGGAGGGGCAUGUAGAGGGAGGGACAUUGAAGAUUCCUAUCAGUGUGUUGGUGAGAACAGGAGAGAGAAACGCAGAGUAUGAGCUGUGCAUGUGUGAGGGUGUGCGUAUGUGUGUGUGAUAGGACUCGUUGAACCUGUGCGACGGUGUCUCUAUCGGGGAGCUGUGAGCAGUGACUCGCCUCAGCGGCUCCUCUGUGUUGUCAUGCUCAACGCCUGAUGCUGCUCAGAGGACACAGGCAGCCCGGUAGACAUCGAGAGGGGCGUGAUGGCCGGACGCGCCCUGACUCGGUCAUGCAUCUCCAGAUAUCCGCGCGGGCUUCUGUUGGCUUCUCCUCCUGAUCCCCUUCAGCCCUCGUCAAUGUCCUUCCCGUGCGUCUCUGUGAGGCUGCCUGCCGCUGCGCUCUCUGAAUGGAUGCUGCUGUCAACACACAUGUGUGGCUCGCAGUGAGAGCCCAUGAUCUGGACUUGAUUGCAUACAGCUCUGGGGUGUGCUGUGCCAUGCUGCUUUAGGGUGACACUGAUUAAUUUUUAAAGACUUUACCUUUUCACGUUACAGCUGCUGUUGAUCACAUUUUUGAUGACGUAUGAUGCGGGGCAGUUGCUAAUCUGAAUUGAAUUUUUCUUUGCUCUGAGUGAAGAGGAUGGACUGAGCAACAUAUAAGAUGGUGUUGCUGCACACAAAAUUAAGGUCAAGUAAAUAAUUACCAUCAGGAAUGAGUCACCAUAAUGAAGAUUCAUUUGCCUCAGUGGCUGCAUACAUAUGCAGUGGAUAGAUUUUAAUUGGGUGUUUCUAGGAACAAAAGAGCUCCUUGGACUGCACUGGCAGUGUGCUGAAGGUUGUCAGGAAUGGUGGAUUUCUUUUUGUAUCGCAGAGAAUUGAAAAUUACAGUCAGAGAAGAAAUCCGUGACUGAAAUUCAAAUCCGAAAAAAAGGAAUUGGGAUUUGGGGGAUGGAUGAAACCAACAGCCGCUCUGCUGUUGUAUCUUCAAAGGAGAAACUUAAUCUUCCUCCAUGUAAGUUUUUUGUCUCAGACGUGCAGUCAGAUUCUCUCAAAUCCCAACACGCUGGCAGACCGUCAGUCGUUCAUGUCGCUCUAUCUGGUUUCAUUCAUCUACUGUGUGUCCACUGAAGCCUGACCACAUGAGCGGAGGCGGCGCCCUGCAGCAACGCACCACCUACCUCAUCUCCCUCACCCUGGUCAAGGUAGAGGCUGUGGAGGAGAAUGGAGGGGAGGCCAAAAACAGCACCCAGGGGAAGGAGGUGGAGGCCGGGCCUGGAGGAAGGGCAGGAGAGGAGGCCGGGGCCAGAGUGGAGGCUGAAGGUGAAGCACAGGCUGCGAAUGGAGCUGGACAUCCACAAAAAGAUGAGGAUGCUGCUAUUGCAAAAGAGGGCAAGUUAACUGAUGAACUGAAAGAUGGAGAGAGAAAACCCCUCAGCCCUCUGGAGGAUAAACUGCCCUCCACUGUUGAUGUCCCGAGCAAAGGGAGUGAAAAGCCACCGUGCAACCUCUCGAUCCCCUUACCGGCUGAGAGAACGACAAUUCAGAAGACAAAGUCCGCAGAGAUUGACUUAACACGAGUUGAGAAGACGCCUUCCACCCCAGAGGCAAAGCAAUGCAGGUCACCAUCACUGACCACAACACCUCCAAUAGAGGUGGUGGAGCCCAUUCGCACCCCAACCAGGACCAGCCUCGCCAUCCGUCCGGUGGGACAGCGUCCUGUGAGUCUGCUGAAGUCUCACAGCAGUGUGGCCACCCGCGGGCGUGACUCCAGGGACGGUAGAGAGCGCAGCCCUACCUCAGCACAGAGCCUGGACCGGAAGGACUCCCGCCUGCCGACGCGCUCACCAGGCCCUUGCAGGGCCUCAUGGGCCGAGGCCAGCAGGCCCGACGGAUGGAGGGACCUGCGGGAUGAAGCUCAAGCUGGAAUACCUCUGGAGAUCGGAGGUGGCAUGGCUGCAGUGAUGAGAGAUAUCCCAAGGAAGGACAGACUAAAGGCAGGUUCUGCCUCUCUACCUGCACCUGCUCACCAGGGCAACAAACCAGGACGAAAAGGUAAAAGCCGCACACUGGAUAACAGCGACCUGAACAGCCUCUCGGAAGAUCUGGGGCUGACCAGGGAGGCCCAGCAGACACAGCAGGGCCAUCGAGGCUCCGCCAAAGACAGAAAGAUGCUCAAGUUCAUCAGCGGCAUUUUCACAAAGAGCAGCUCGGGGGCAGCGGGGUCAUCUUCCUCAGCGCCACCGGUCUAUAUACAGAGAGACUCCAGUGAGGAGGAAGUAAAUAUUGCCAACAGCCAGGAGUGGACGCUGAGCAGAUCCAUCCCAGAGCUCAGACUGGGCAUUCUGGGAAGUCUAAAAAGCGGCAAGUCAGCACUGGUGAACAAAUACAUCACAGGCAGUUAUGUUGCACUUGAGAAGACUGAUGGUGGCAGGUAUAAGAAGGAAGUACUGGUGGACGGACAGAGUCAUUUGUUACUGAUCCGGGAAGAAGCUGGACCACCUGAUGCACAGUUCAGCAGCUGGGUCGACGCAGUGAUCCUGGUCUUCAGUCUGGAGAACGAGGGCAGCUUCCAGGAGCUCUACCAGCUCUACAGCCAGCUGAGUGCACACCGCUCGGACAUCCCGGUCAUAGUGGUCGGCACACAAGAUAAAAUCAGUAGCACCAACCCUCGUGUGAUUGAGAAUCAGAGAGCCAGACAGCUGUGUAUUGAUGUGCGUCACUCGCUGUUUUACGAGACCUGCGCCACCUACGGGUUCAACGUUGAUCGAGUGUUUUCAGAAGCUGCCCAGAAGAUUGUAGCUCAGAAGAAGCAGGCGGCGCUGCAGGCCUGCAAGUCUCUGCCCAACUCCCCGAGUCACUCAGGAGGCUCCACACCUGGAUCAGCAUCGUUCCCCGGCCAGGCCACUAAUGGCCCAAAUUGUGGCUACGCCCAAUCCCUCCCCUCCACCCCUGUGAUCAGUCACAAAGAUCUGCGGGUUGCACAGGGAGAGGGGGGAGGCAGUGUCAACUCACGUUCGCUGAAGAGCAUCCCCAGAAGGCCCUCCAUCUUCAAGAACCGGGACUCGGAUAAGAAGUCCGGUGAUGCUAAAGGAGACCUGAGCAGCGUGCGGAGCGUUCCCCUCAAACAGAGCAUCCUGUGGAAGAGAAGCGGCAGCUCUCUGAAUAAGGAGUGGAAGAAGAAAUACGUCACCCUGUCCAACAAUGGCACGCUGUCCUACCACUCCAGCUCCAGUGACUACACGCAGAACAUCCACGGAAAGGAAAUCGACCUCCUGCGUGUGACAGUUAAAGUUCCCGGGAAACGUCCUCCGAAAGCCGUCAUUCCUGCGGUGCCCUCACCUGUCCCCCUCGGCUCCGCACCUGGAGUCAACGGGCUGAGCAAGGAGCCGACAGCCGCUGAUGGCACCAGUACAGUUCCUCAGCUGUGUCCAGCCACUCUGUCUGUGGUUGAUGAUCGUUCUGGUGGUCUGUCGUCUCAAGGUGGAGACAGAGGACUUCAGCGCUGCUCCUCCUCACUGUCCACCAAAGCACAAAGUGUUGACGCCCUUGAAGGAGCAGCCGGUCCUUUUGCUGGAAAAGACCCCGGACAAUCCUCUCCCAUGAGCGACAGGAAGAAGAACAGGAGGAAGAAGAGCAUGAAUCAGAAAGGAGAUGCAGCCGUUGGGCAGGCUGAAGCCAAACGCAAAAUGUGGAAGUUAAAGAGCUUCGGUAGCUUGAGAAACAUUAAUAAGACAGAGGAAGAGAAUGCAGACUUUAUCGUCGUGUCGUUCACCGGGCAGACGUGGCACUUUGAGGCUCCGAGCCUGGAGGACCGGGACUCGUGGGUGUCGGCUAUAGAGAGCCAGAUCCUGGCCAGCCUGCAGUCCUGUGAGAGCGGCAGAAACAAGGCUCGGAGGAGCAGCCAGAGCGAGGCUGUGGCGCUGCAGGCCAUCCGCAACGCCAAGGGCAACGGCCUGUGUGUCGACUGUGAAGCAGCAAAUCCCACCUGGGCCAGUCUCAACCUGGGCGCGUUGAUCUGCAUCGAGUGUUCGGGGAUUCAUAGAAACCUGGGGACUCACCUCUCCCGCGUCCGCUCGCUGGACCUGGACGACUGGCCCGGAGAGCUCACACAAGUCCUGGCCGCCAUCGGAAACCACAUGGCCAACAGCAUCUGGGAGAGCUGCACCCAGGGCCGGAUCAAACCCACACCGACUGCGACACGUGAGGAAAGAGAGUCGUGGAUUCGUGCAAAGUACGAACAACGGGCGUUUGUUCCGCCUCUCCAGCUGCCCCCGGAGCUCCAGCUCACAGAUGACGGUAUGCCGGUGUGGCUUCUGUCUGCGGUGACCGAGAGAGAUCUGCCCAGACUGCUGAUCCUUCUGGCCCACAGCACCAAGAAACAGAUCAACGCUCAACUGACCGGGUCCACUUCACCGCCUCACUCGGCCCUGCACGCUGCCUGUCAGCUGGGAGACGUAGUCAUGACCCAGCUGCUCGUCUGGUAUGGAAUCGAUGUGAAAGCGAAAGAUAACCAAGGCCAGACGGCCAUGAAGAUGGCCAGAAAAAACGGAAGCAAAGGCUGCAUUGAUAUUUUGCUUCAAUACGACGAGACGUCCCCGACCACUGCCACGCCCGUCCUCUCCCGCCGGUCCAGCACCACCAGCCUGGGCCGAACCAGCGCCAGGAAACGGGUGUCGUAGCGCGGACUGAAGGAGCCACCGCACAGGAGGGGCUGGGGACGACUGGAGGAUGCUUACUGUUUAGAAACCUUUUUAAAACACUUUGGAGAGGGGCGCACUAUAAGAGAAAUGACAGGACUACACCGUAGUACUACAGAUUCAAAAAGUAGUUUCUGAAGACUGAACAACAUAUCAAAUAACUUUAAAGCAAUAUUCAUUCGAUUUGUUGAUGACAGAUAUGUUGCUGGAAUACUGUGUUGGUGUUGACCUCAUUUCAAAAUGACUCAAGUAGAACUUUGUAGCUGUAAUUUUAGAGCAGACGAACUGCUUCUCGUUUCACUUCCUGCAGAAGAAGUGCAAUAAUCCAACUAUGAUGAUGAAAAGCAACAAGUUUGAGAGGGAUCUGUGUCGGAUGACUGUACAUCGAGGGUGCUACUUUUAUUCAGAUUUGUUGUGACUGGACCAAAACAGCUCUUAUUUUCUUUGGCUUUACAAAUAAAACCUACAGUUUGUCAUGGUGUUAGAUAUGUGUGCCUGUUGCAGCAGUUUAAAGGUCAGUUUGGCCGAUAUAAACAGUUUUUCAGUGACGAAUCAGCUGAAAUAAUUCUGCUUAGAUUAGAAAAAUGAAUGGUUUGGAAUAUGAAAUAUGUCAGUGUUAUUCACAGGUCAAAGAUAUGACGUUUUAUUAUACUGUAAAUGUACCUAUACUACAUACUUAAUGUUAAACUCUGUAACGAAGACACAACUGAAAAAUCAAAGACUCAAUUUUGUAAAUGAUUUCUACUGGUAGUUUUGAAAAUAUGUCAAGUAUGUUUUAUCAUUGUCUGUAUUAUAAUUUCUUAUUAUCCUACAUGUCAUAAAAGCAUAAACCAGUAAACAAAAUGCUUUUACAUAAUGUAGACAUGUGGAUGUUUGUUAAAAGUUUCAUUUGGGAUGGCCAAACGACUACAUAAAGACAAUAUUCACGUUCAUGUUACCGUUGUGUUGGUCUAUCCCAUGAGUUUACAGUGAAUUAUGAAGAGUUGCAGGUGUCGUUCUUAUUUCUGACACUUUGUGGGUCGUGUGAAUCUCUCAUGGGCUAAAAGAAAUGGUUACUGGAAUAAAAUAAACUUUUUUUAAUUAGCA